AUGAAUCUACGUGCUCUUAUCAAUAUUUUAGAUGCAGAAAUUCUAUUUCUAUUGAAUAGUGAAGAUGAAUCAACAAGGUUAUUAGAACCGAAUAUCAUUACUUCUAGUCAUAUAAUAGGUGUUUCUAAUAAUCAGUUAUGGAUUCAAAAUUUAGUUAAGAAUAAAGAUCAUAUUGAUGAAUUUAAAGUUAAUAGUUUGGUUGACAUAUAUUCUUGUGGUGAAGAAAUUGGUCAAAUUAUAAGAGACAUAAACUUUCCUUUAACAAAAAUACAUGUUGGAUGUUUGUAUACUUGGAUUGUUAAGUUUACUAAUGAGAUGGCGGUAUUGCUUACAGCAUGGAAAUAUGAUCAUGAAAUGCUAAUAUGGAAUAAAAUUGGAGAUAUGAUACAGAUAAUCAAAUUACUUGGAAGUGAAGAUACAAUACAAACAAUCGAUAAUAAUGAUUCUAGUUUAUUACAGCUUAAACAUGGAUAUAUAUCUACAUUUAUUGAAUUAAUAGAUAUUGUUACUUCAUCGCUCUUAGAAUUGGAAGAAAUAGACAAAAGUUUUGUCUUUACAGAACGUUUUUUGUCCAAAACUGCAUUAUUAAUUUCUGAUGAUUUUAAAGAAGACUUUUUAGAAAAGAAUUCUUCAACAUCUCAUUUUGGAGAUUGUGGAAACUAUGAUAUUUACUUAUAUACUGAAUCUAUAGCAACCGAAUUACAAAAUGAAACUUAUUUAAAAAGUGGAAAUUUGCCAAUUUUAUUAGAUAUAACUGGAGUUUUAUAUGGAGGAAUAAUAAUUGGUUUUGAAAUUUAUCAAUUUUUUAAUGAUAAAAUGAACCAUAUUACAAAUCCAUGGGAAUGGUUUGAUUUUGUAGCAAUAGUAUUUCCAACAAUAACCUCAAUAUGGUUUUUUUUUGAAACUUCUCCAUUAUCAAUAAUUAUUAUAUCUAUUCUUUUACUUGAAUUAAGAUAG